CAGCCUGCUCUCAUGUCUCUCUGCUGGCUGAUUUCUCUCCUCUAUUAUAACUGCCCUGCUGCCUCCCCUCCCUCGCCUCCACCUCCUCCCUCCCAGUGUCUCAGCCCUGUGCUUCACCUCCCUGCUUUUACUGUUUCGGGGGGAACGGCAGCCGGUCAUGACCACCAAGUCCUCGUUGAACGGCAGCGCUGACCACCUGAAGUCUGGGGAAGCCCAGGAGAUCCCCCCUCUGAGGAACUACCUCUGUCUCACCAUGUUCACCUGUUUCUGCCCUGCAUGGCCCAUCAAUAUUGUGGCGCUGGCUUUCUCUAUGAUGAACCGUGAAUUUUCCUUUCAGGCCCAAAAGAGCUAUGAUGAAGAGGACUACGAUGGCUCCAAGCGUCUGGGUCGGAAAGCUCUCCACCUGGGGAUUGUUUCUUUUGUCAUCGGCUUUGUGAUCAUCACCGCGUACACCAUUGUGCAUUUUACCACGCAUUUGGUGUGACGUCUCGGGGAGGAAGAGGAGGUGGAAGUGGAGAAGAAGUGAUGAGAGAUCGGCUCCAUGGGAUGCAGAGCAGCUCUGCGUGGCUUCUGUCAUCGACAGCUCUGGAGGUUUUGCGAGAGCUGGCAGAGACUCACUGUGCUGCUGGAAACAUCUUUGUUUCAGAUAUUGUGUAAAUGAUCCCACAGUGAAACUGUGUACCGUUUUUGUAAUUGUAAGGUGAGAGGAAUGAUUAUGCAUAGGACCCUUUCAGCACUUCCACUGAUGAGAUGUGGGGCUUCUCUGUAACUAAGAGGCUGUAAUGGUCUGCAUUACAUUUCCAUUAUAUCGCACUGUUUACUCUAAGUAUUCUAUUGUUCUAUUGUCCACACAUCUAAAUGUUACAUGUUAUCAGUAUAAAAAUGUAAAAUAAAA